AUGGCCAGGCAGCGAUGGGUCGAAGUUAAAAUCAGUUUGUUAUCAAGGGGGGUGGUGGUCGGGAUCGCCAUCGGGGGAGGAUUCGCUGUGCUUGUUGCAUUGACUUUGAUUUGGUUCCGUUGUAAGAAGAAACGAAGAAGAGACCAUGAAGCACAUCCUGCUCCUAAAGCUGGAGGCACUUACGGUGGGCAGCAGCAACAAAAUGCAUCACAACCUUCAGAUCAUGUGGUAACGUCACUGCCACCACCUAAACCUCCCUCUCCACCACAACAACCUCCUCCGCCACCGCCUUUCCUGAGCAGCAGCAGCGGCUACGACUCAAACUACUCGGAUCAAUCAGUUCUUCCAUCAUCUCCAGGGAUGGCAUUAGGCAUCUAUCAAGGCACUUUCAGUUACGAUGAACUAGCAAGAGCCACCAAUGGAUUCUCUGAAGCCAAUUGGUUAGGAAAAGGCGGGUUCGGAUAUGUGUACAGAGGUAUAUUGCGUAAUGGAAAAGAAAUCGCCGUGAAACAGUUGAAAGCUGGGAGUGCUCAGGGAGAGAGAGAGUUUCAGGCAGAGGUCGGAAUCAUUAGCCGAGUUUACCACAAGCAUUUGGUUGCUCUUGUCGGUUACUGCAUCGCCGGUGAUCAGAGAUUGCUUGUCUAUGAGUUUGUUCCUAACAACAAUCUUGAGUUUCACCUCCAUGGGAAGGGAAGGCCUCCGAUGGAAUGGAGCUCAAGAUUGAAGAUUGCAAUUGGUGCUGCCAAAGGAUUGUCGUAUCUUCAUGAAAAUUGCAAUCAUAAAAUCAUCCACCGUGAUAUCAAGGCGGCAAACAUAUUGAUUGAUUUCAAAUUUGAAGCAAAGGUUGCUGAUUUUGGUCUUGCCAAGAUUGUUCCCGACACAAACACUCAUGUAUCUACACGUGUGAUGGGAACCUUUGGGUAUUUGGCUCCCGAAUACACCGGAAGCGGAAAGCUCACAGAAAAGUCUGAUGUUUACUCAUUUGGCGUUGUACUUUUGGAGCUAAUAACCGGGCGACGCCCUGUUGAUGCAAACAAUGACUUUGCAGAUAACAGCCUGGUUGAUUGGGCACGACCAUUGCUUACACGAGCACUUGAGGACAGCAACUCUGAAAGCUUGGUUGAUACAAAGCUGAAUAAUGAGUAUGACAAAGAAGAGAUGGCUCGCAUGGUUGCCUGUGCUGCAGCUUGUGUUCGCCAUAUAGCUCGCAGUAGACCUAACAUGGACCAGGUAACUUCAUCAUUCUUUUCUUUAGGAGGGAUGGGCAUUUUGGUUUUUUGGUUUUGA